CCUGCAACUAAUGGCAAGAUGUUUUUGAACGGGAUGUACACCGAUGGUUAUACUUGCCGCUUACUAUUCUGUCGUCGUACUGAGCCAUCUUCGUUAAUUAAAAGCAUUGCCCUAGAACUCGAUGACUUUAACACUGAAGAGGUAAAUACUUAUUUUAGGCCAUGUACAGUUGAUCCCGGAAGGAAGGAUGUGUUUAUAUCCUACCAUGGAGACAAUGAUGUGAGACGUCUUUCUUCAAAAGAAUACUACAAUAUGGGCGGUGUUACGCAAAGACAUAAACAGGAACAAGAACUCAAGAAAAGCUUGGGUAUUGAUCAAAUUGAGACCAAUAUCCCCUCACCUAAAACCACGUCUCAUGAUAUCUAUAUACUGUAUAUUACGUAUAUUCUCCAACAUAUUGAUACACUGUUUAAUUUCUACGGGUUUAGAACUACCAAUAGUAGAUGGUGUAAUUAUAUCGCAUCACAAAAGAGUAUAGAGGACGCCAUUAAUAUCCUUUUAAAUGGAUCUACAAAGUACAACAAGAAAAGAAGGAAAAACAAGAAGAAGAGUAAAAAGCGAAGGAGAUCUAAAAUAGUUGAUUCUUCAAAAUCUAAACCGAAAAAUAUCAAAAGGUAA